AUGGCCAUCAGAAGAGAAUCCAGGGCCACUCGUGUCGUCGCUGCCAUUUUGAGUUCGUUCUAUUUCUAUCCCUCUAAAAUCAAGAAGCGCAGUUAUUUUGAAAACCCUGGCCCCUGUGAUAAUGCUAACUAACUAGCGAACGUCUUCAAACCACCGUUUGAACUUUUGAUGAAACUUUGCAUGAGCGCACUUCAGGACGCCCUGAUCCUAGCACAAGAAAACAAUUUUCGCAAUAAAUCUGGUUUUUGAGUUAAGAUGUUUCAAAUGCUUGUGAUAGAGUUUUUUUUUUCGUCAUAAUUUGCGUACUUUGCAGACUUUGAAGCUUCAUAAAUCUAUAACCAUAACUAUUGCGAGAACUUAUUCAUUUUUUCUGGAAUUGGGAGGUCAUAGAGCGCAUUUCAGCCAAGUUUCAUCAAAACACAAGUGACUAAAAACGUUCUAGUAAGUACGUAAAGAAUUAAAAGAAAAAAGGAACUUUUCGCUCUGGCGUCACCAGUUUUUUCUCGGAACUAGAACUGAAACCUUGCAAAUUGCGUAGGUUUUCAGAAGUUGACGCGUGAAAAGAAUGCAGAGCAAGUUUUCCUUACAUCUGCCAAAAGAUUAAGUGUAUCAAGAAACUGUUCGCAAAACUUCAUGACUUUCUCAUUUUUAACUAGCUGUUUGGAUUGUUCGGGCCUAUCUAUAGUUUAUUAUAUAAUUCAUAGAUCUACUUUUCAAAAUGUUUAGCAUGAAAGACGAUAGAAUUCUGGACGGCAACGUGAAGUUAGUUGAAGGAAAAUUUUUCAGUCGCUUUUCUGAUAUGCUGGAUUCCGUACUUCUGCGUGAGUGUCAUUCGCGGAGUCUACAUGGGCUUCCGGCUUCCAAUCAACCGGACGCUGCAUCUCAACCUGUUCAUCUACACUUCGUGGCUCGGCUACGCCCACUCUUGCUUCAAUCCCGUCAUUUACAUGUGCCUCAAUAAGAACUUCCGCAACACCAUGCGCAAGCUUCUCCGUCAGUCUGCCAAAAGCAACUGA